CCGGACGGAGCUGGGGGAAAGAGUGAACGGAUCAAUGCACAAAUUAAAGAAGGGAAAAAGAGGCUAAACUCUGGAAGCAGGUUUUGUGCUCCAGUCUAUCGGGCCCAGUGUGUGUAGCAAAUGGAGAAAGUAAACAGGAAAGUUUGGCGUUAAUUCGACCCAGACUGAAAUAGAGGUGGGAGACGUGUAAUACAUAGACUACUGUUUCAUGAUACAAUUGAGUUUGGUUGGAAAGAUGCAGGAAAUCUCAACAGCCGAACUCUCAUCCUCACUUUUGGAGUAUUCUUCUGGGUCAUUGGAUUUGGUGUUGAAAAAGAAAACCUCACCUCUUCCCAGAUCAUGUCACAACUACAUUGUUGGGAAGGCCUGCCACGAUCCCUCAGCUGCACAGAGAAAUUCAGCAUCACCGAGACCUGAAGUGCCCCCUAAGCCCACAUAUCUACUGGCUUUGCGACAGGGCAAGCAGCCACAGCAAAUCCCUCCAGCGCCUUGUCGCCCUCUCCCAAUCCCUCCGCCUAAACAAAAAACGCUCACAUACAAGCAGCAGAAACAUCCUGCCAAGAGUGUGUGUCUCCUCAUUGAGAAGUUUGAAAACUCCAGGGCCCCAAUUCUGGGAGUCCAACCCAGAAGUCCCCUCCGUUUGCACUUGAGGAUGGAGGAUACAGGACCUGAAAGCACAGAACAGCCUCAAUUUAAUGGAUCAGAGGUGAAGGACUCUGGGAACACAUACUUCACAGAUGAAAUUGCACUUAAAAAGGAUAUGGAAUUGCCUGCUUUAGACUUUUUACGAAUAGACUGUGUCAGUGACGCAGGCAGUCAAGACAAACUUGACCAAGAGUGCCACAGUGGGGAUUUGGACAUUGACCAGAACGAUUCCGACGAUAACCACAGCAAUACAGAACAUACAGUUAAAGACCUAGAUCAUAACAAUAUCGACACAGGACAUGGUGUUGGAAGUUUAAUAGGUGGCCCAUGUGCAGGGGAGGCUAACAGUGUGGCAGAAGCAAACGGAAAGAUACCAAAUCGUGACAGUGGAAUCGACAGCCCAUCCUGUGGAGCGGAGGGAGAGGCAUUUCCAAAUGAGCUUCCCAUUGAAGAAGAAAGGAAUGACAGUGUAGCUACAGAAACGGAGAGCGUGUCUUGUGUCACCAGUAGUAAUAAGCGGGAUUCAACACAGGACGAAGAUAGCGACUUGGAUGAAGGGAGCAGCGAAGAACCAGAGAGCCUAGAAGUCAAAGGUUUGCAGUCUGAGUCUCAGAAGCUGUUCAAUAUCGCAAAAGAACUCCUCCAUACAGAGGAAGCUUAUGUCAAAAGACUUAACCUGCUAGAUCAGGUGUUCUGUACCAAGUUGACUGAGGCAAAGAUUUCUGUAGAUGUGAUUAACGGGAUUUUCUCAAACAUCUCCUCAAUCUACCGCUUCCACCAUCAGUUCCUGCUGCCAGAGCUACAGACACGAAUUACUCAAGAGUGGAACACGAAUCCACGUAUAGGUGAUAUCCUGCAGAAGUUGGCUCCAUUUAUGAAGAUGUAUGGGGAAUAUGUCAAAAACUUUGACUCUGCAAUGGACUUGGUCAACACAUUGACUCAGAGGUCAACCCAGUUCAAAAGUGUGGUUCAGAAUAUCCAGAAGCAGGAUGUAUGUGGUAACUUGACAUUGCAGCAUCACAUGUUGGAGCCAGUGCAGCGUAUUCCUCGUUAUGAGCUCCUCCUCAAAGACUACCUGAAGAAACUGCCCAGUGAUGCACCAGAUAGGACAGAUGCAGAGAAGGCUCUGGAUUUGAUCUCCACAGCAGCUAACCAUUCUAAUGCUGCUAUUAAGAAGAUGGAGAAGAUGAAUAAGCUGUUGGAGGUGUAUGAACGAUUGGGUGGGGAGGAAGACAUUGUUAAUCCAGCUAAUGAACUUAUCAAAGAGGGUCAUAUAAAGAAGAUGUCUGCUAAAAAUGGCACAGCCCAAGACAGAUACCUCUACCUGUUCAAUAACAUGUUGCUGUAUUGUGUGCCUAAGUUGCGACUGAUGGGACAGAAGUUUAGCGUCAGAGAGAGAAUUAACAUAGCAGGCAUGGAGGUUCAGGAGAAUGUAAAGCAGAACCUUGCUCACACCUUUGCCAUCAUUGGCAAGCAGCGGUCUCUCGAAUUGCAGGCCAGAAAUGCUGAAGAAAAGCAGGAAUGGAUCCAGGUAAUCUUGGCCACAAUAGAUAAGCAAAAACAGAAAAGUGAGACAUUUAAUAAAGCCUUCAGUAGCUCCAUUUCCCGUGAUGAUGAGCAAACACCUGACUCACCGAUUCCAUGGAGUAAUACAUCUAUAGAUUCAGAUGGAGGUGUGAAUGAAAGGAGGAGUUCAAAGAAGCGAGACAAGGAGAAAGAAACUUGUAAGGGCUGCAACGAGACUUUUCACUUCACUAAACGCAAGCACCACUGCAAGAACUGUGGAGCGGCUGUCUGUGGUAAAUGCUCAAAGGUGUCAGAGACCAAGAACGUCCGCCUGUGUAAGCAGUGUUUUGAAGUUCUGCAAGGACCUGAUGGGACGCCAGGGGGCAAUGUUGAGCAGAAGAAAAAAACAAUGGUAGAGAAGCAGCUGUCCUUGACAGAUGAUAGUUAUAUACUAUGCAGCCAGCUCCUGGUUCAGGAGAAAGGAAAGAACUGGACCAAGACUUGGGUGGCCAUAUCAAAAGCAGAACCACUAACGCUGUACCUACAGACUGGCAGCCAGGAUGCCCGUGGAGCCCAGACAAUCUCUCUACCUGAUUAUGAGGUCAGCACAUCCUUAACGCCCUCAGAGAAGUCAGAAGGCAAACAUGUGUUCAGGCUCAGUCACUCCCAACAUGCACUGCUGUUCAGUGCCCAGGAUGUAGAAUUAAUGGACAAGUGGGUGGAGCUUCUGUCCCUUUCUACAAAAGGGGUGGUUUUAGAGACAUUGUUAAGCCUGACGGAACACCAUAAGAGCCAAUGAAAACGAGGCAUUGAAGCAACAGAACUUUGUCUUCUAGAAAUUGUUACUUGAAUUCACAUUAUCCUCAGCACUUUUUUUCUCCUUUUUUUUUUUUAGUUUUUAGUUAAAUUUUUUUUUUAUUUGCUCCUUUUACAAAAGCACAGGAGGCAUUUGUACACAUACAGGCACUGUUCCAACUCCUCUGCCACUGUUGUGCUGGUGUGUGGCUGGUUCCUCAAUGCACUGUUUUCUUUCUUUUUAUUUCUCAAAAGUUUUUUGUAUUAUAAUAGAUAAGGUUGUUGUGGAUUUUUAUUAAAUAUUAUGAGACAAAUGUUUUUAUGAUUUUGUUAAAGGUUCAUGUAAAUUGUUAUUACUUGUUUAGCAUUAACUCACAUUCACUUUUGCUGAAAUACUGCCUCAGACACCAUUUUCUUCACUGUGUGUUAGUUUUUUCCUCUUUGCCUGCACACCAUGUUCUGUUCCUGUUCUCACAUUGUGGCUUUGUAGCCUCUUUUUAUUUUUUUUAAGGUUGGCUGAUGAACAAGGAAACUCCAUUUUAAGUAAGACAAGCUAAGGUGGCAAGUCAUUUAAUUAUUCUACUGUAAUAUCUUAUUAAUAUUUUCCCAACUUACUCAUUUCCUCCAUUUCACUGUUAUUCUGUAUGACCCUUUAAAUAAUCUAGCAUAUGUUCACCCCUUCAGUACAUUUACUGUAUUUGUACUGUAAGUCUCUUGUCAGUGUCUGAAGAUGGAUCUCAACAUGCUUGUAGUAUCCCAUAUUUAUAAUGUGUGCUUUUAAAAACCUUUGCAAGCAUUUCUGCCUUCUGAACAUGGAUUUUAACCUACAGAACCAGGAUAAUUGUGUUCAUUUUUAAACCGGAAGUGUUGACAAAAGGAAAUGUCUCUACUAUAUCAGAAUAAAACAAUAUCUGGUUUCCAUGUUUCAUA